AUUGCGAAUGCAUCAUCAUCAGGCGGAGAGUCGAUGUCUGCUGGAGGUGCGCGACUCCGUGUGUGAUCCUGACAAGGAAUGAUACCCGGCUAGGUGAAGAUUACAGAUAGAGACAUCAUGGAGGUCGACGGGGAGGCGCAAAUUUCCGAGCUGGAGGGCGACAUCCGAACGUUGCGAAAGCAGCUCAAAGCGAAGGUUCAACAGCUGAAGACCUUGAAAAAACAUUUUCAGAAAAACUGCAUCAACAAGCUAAACAACAACGAGAUCGCUCGCUACAGCCGGCAGAUCAUCCUGUCGGAAAUCGGCGUCCAGGGCCAGCUAAAACUGAAGCGUGCGUCCGUCCUGGUGGUUGGCGCCGGAGGACUUGGAUGUCCCUCUGCACUCUACCUGGCUGGAGCGGGAAUCGGCCGGAUAGGCAUCCUCGAUUACGACGAAGUCGAACUGACCAACUUGCACCGACAGUUGCUGCACACGGAAUCUUCCGUGGGCCUGACGAAGGUCGACUCAGUCCAAUCCUAUCUGGAAGAACUCAACUCACAGAUUGAAGUUGUGACGCAUCAUCUUCAGCUGACCAGUGACAACGCCUUGCAGAUUUUGCAGCCAUACGACAUUGUCGUAGAUGCUACGGACAAUGUGGCCACUCGGUAUCUGCUGAACGAUGCCUGUGUUCUGCUAAAGAAACCCUUGGUUUCCGGCAGUGCCUUACAGUUGGAAGGCCAGUUAACUAUCUACAACUUCAACGGUGGCCCAUGCUACCGAUGUCUGUUUCCGAACCCACCCCCACCAGAAACGGUCACAAACUGUGGCGAUGGCGGAGUCCUUGGGGCCAUCACCGGAGUCAUCGGAGCCCUGCAAGCUCUCGAAACGAUCAAAAUAAUUCUCGGUAACACGGGAGUCCUCUCCGGGCGACUCUUGCUCUUCGACGGCCAGCAGAGCACCUUCCGGAAUUUGAAACUCCGACCGAAGAAGGCCGAUUGCGCCGUCUGCUCCGACCAGCCCUCGCUAACCAAGCUGAUAGACUACGAGCAGUUCUGCAGCAUGAAGGCCACCGACAAGGACUCGCAUUUGAACCUGCUGGCCCCACACGAACGCAUCACGGUGCAGGAGUACCGGAACCUGGCGGAGAGCAACGUGCCCCACCUGCUGAUAGACGUCCGGGGUGCCAACCAGUUCGAAAUCUGCCAGCUGCCAACGUCCGUGAACGUUCCGAUCGAUGACAUUCUGAAGAACCGACGAACGACGGAAGUGGCUCAGCUGGCGGCUCAAUCCGGUGGAAAUGUUCCGGUGUUUGUUGUGUGUCGCCGCGGAAACGACUCGCAACUUGCCGUGCGGCAUUUGGCGGAAUUGUUCCGCGAGCAAGGGUUGGAGCCACCGCGGGAUAUUGUUGGCGGGUUGCACGCUUGGACCCGGAAUGUCGAUCCGGAAUUUCCAAUCUAUUGAUCGGGGUUUGAGAAAUAUAUUUUUACGAUGUUAAGAAA